AUGAUCCAGCGCCGCAGGCCGUCCUCCGGCCUCUGGAAGAUCGUGGUGUGGGAUGAGCCCUUCUUCCAGGGCAAGCGGCACGAGUUCACCACCGAAUGCUACAGCACGCCGGAGCGCGGCUUCAGCACCGUGCGCUCCUUCAGGAUCGAGAGUGGGGCCUGGGUGGGCUUCGAGCACUGCGGCUUCCAGGGACAGCAGUUCGUGUUGGAGCGUGGUGAGUAUCCGUGCUGGGAGGCGUGGAGUGGCAGCAACGCCUACCACGUGGACAGGAUGAGCUCCUUCCGCCCCAUCAUCUGUGCUGAGCACGGGCGCAGCCAGCUGCUGCUGUUCGAGCAGGAGAACUUCCAGGGCAGGAGGGGGGAGCUGAGCGACGACUGCCCCUCGCUGCCCGAGCUGGGCUGGGACGGCAGUGCCGUGGGCUCCUUCCUCGUCUGCUCCGGCGCGUGGGUCUGCUCACAGUACCCCGGGUACAGGGGCUUCCAGUACCUCCUGGAGAGCGACAGCCAUGCCGGCGAGUACAAGCACGUUCGGGAGUGGGGCUCCCAUGCACAGACGGGCCAGGUGCAGUCCAUCCGCAGGGUCCAGCAGUGA